AUUUUACUUUCAUUCAACCAAGCUCCUUUCUAGAAAAUCUUCCGUUUGUUGGUAGAUAAAAAUACAUUCUCAGAUUCUCCCAGCAGCGGCGCCAUCAGCUUCACGGACUAAAAAGAAGCCUCGUUUCCUCGUGCCGCUAUAGAAAUGUCUUCCUACUCCACUCCGGGCUUAACCGGAUCAAAGUCUCUUUCGUCCUUAGUUGAUUGUUCUCAGAAAAUCUGGAGUCCAGACAGGCUUGAGCCAGGAGAGGGUGACCUCUUGAGGGCAGACCCCGAGGCAUGGCGCGUCUCCUCGCUUCUCAGACCCAGGAGAGCUGCGCCCCCUCUCCGUGCGCGGGGAGAGUACUCCAACCGAGCCGAGAAAUCCGUUACCAGGCUGCUGUGUCCCCAAGGGCCAUUCCAGGGCGGAAGAGGACGGGGAAAACCGCUGUGUUGAUUCCUCAGCCCUGUGGGCUGGGCGCGCAGCGGGUCAGGUUACAGACAGGUGAGUCUGGCGGAUGGGCGAGCAGCGGGCGCCAGGGAGCUUCUGGCUGGACGCGCCCCUGCACAGCCCCGGGAGCCUGCGCAAGUCUGAUCGCCCACAGGAGUGCUCGCGCGGCAGCCGUGGAGGCACUGCUGCGCGUCCCCGGGGGCACCCGAGCAGCGGCCGUGAGAGGGACAGCGCGCGCUCCCCAAAUGCCGGCACUGCUGCUCUUAGAAACUUGGCAUCUUUCUCUUACCAACUCCUCUUCCUUCUCUCUCAACUCCCCCUCCAGGUAUAAAGGCAGAGAGGAAAAGCCAAAACCAAAAAUAAAUACAAAGCUCUCCAGCCAACUCCCCAGUAGCAGCCGACUUCACUUUGCUGGGAAACGUGUUUCCCAACCUCAGAAUUUGGGGAGCGGGCGGUUGGGGGGAGACCAUAAUGGGAGUGGGCAAGGAUAAGAAAUUUGUUACGAAGCCGCGUUUGCAUAACAUGCGCUUGGCUUUUGUUUCCAUUGUGUGUUUAUCUGGGUUGAUGGGGCUCUUGGAGCGGUAGGUCUUGGGGUGGAAGCUGCUUUAGCAGAGCUAGCCGACUUGUUUUUCCUAGAUUGUACGGCACAAAUCAAUAAUGACGUGUUCUAAAGCUACCGAACUUUAAAUCAUAUUAUUACCGUGUUUAUUUGGGGGACUGUUGUAAAUGAUGGGGAGCCUAAGUCCCCAAGUCGCCCCCCCCCUUACGAGAUGAGCCCUGCAAUCUCCCCGCCGCCUCCACCUUCCGCCCGCCGAGAUUUCAACGAGCCGCGGCAACCAUCCACCAAGACCGGAGGAACUGAGCCAUUUUCUUGCUUGCCUGUCGGAGACAAUCCACCUGGGGGCGGGGAAGGGGGGUGCAACUCGCAGGAAGCUCCAACUCUUAGGAUGGAUGCCCGGGGAAGCGGACCUGGGGGCUUACCUCUAAGAGUUUGCCCUGAGAUGCAUGUGAUGGGGACUGGGGCGAGAGGUUGAUUAAAAAAUGUUCUUCCCUUUUUAAAAAGGGGAGGGGGGAAGAAUCAGACGUUAAAUUCUUUUGCAAACAUUCAUGCCUAAGGAAGGGCUGGAACAGGCAGCCCCGGCCGCCGGAACCGGUCGGACAGGUAGCGAGCUUGUUGACACCGUUAUGUUGCAGGGCGCAUGCUCACUCCCAAGUUUCCUGGUGCCUUUUCUAUUCCACCUUAUGAAACUUUUUCCUCGGCGUGGUCUCACCCGCGAUUUAAGGCAUAGGUGUCGCGGAGCCUGGAGGCUGGGAGUCGCCGGGCGUGCGGGGGAGAGGCCUGGGCCGCGCCGCGGCGGGGGGCGGAGGGAGAGGGCAGGCUAGGCGGGAAGGUGGGCUCUGGCCGCCGGGAGCCGGGGAUCGAGUCCCUGCCGCAGUUUCUAGCGGGGAGCAGCCGGGAGGAGGGGGCCGCCGGCCGGGGAGGGGGCCACGCCAUGCCCAAAGUCUUCCUGGUGAAGAGGAGGAGCCCGGGGGUCUCCGUCCGCAGCUGGGAUGAGCUCCCGGAUGAGGAAAGGGCAGACACCUACAUCCCAGGCGCGGAGAUUGGGACCGAGGAGCCGCCCCCCAAAUUCCGUGCUCGCUCCGGAGGCCCAGCCGGGGACUCGCUCGUCCACCCCCGCGUGUUGCCCACUUGGCCAGUGGGCCUGGGCCGUCUGCUCCACGACCCCCCCGAGGACUGCCGCAGCGACGGCGGCAGCAGCAGCAGCAGCGGCGGCAGCAGCAGCGCGGGGGAGCCUGGAGGCGCCGAGAGCAGCUCGUCCCCGCGCGCCCCCGAACGCGAAAUCUCCGAGCCCGGAGACGCCGAGGGCCCGGGCGGACACCUGGCGGCGAUGCAGCGCCCGGUCGCCAGGUCGAAAAUCAAGUUCACCACAGGCACGUGCAGCGACCCCGCGGCCCACAGCUGCGAGCUGUGCGGCAAGGCCUUCCGCCUGCAGCGCAUGCUCAACCGGCACCUCAAGUGCCACAACCAGGUGAAGAGGCACCUGUGCACCUUCUGUGGCAAGGGCUUCAAUGACACCUUUGACCUGAAGAGGCACGUCCGCACGCACACAGGCAUUCGCCCCUACAAAUGUGACAUCUGCAACAAAGCCUUCACCCAGCGCUGCUCCUUGGAGUCCCACCUGAAGAAGAUCCAUGGGGUGCAGCAGCAGUAUGCCUACAAGCAACGCCGGGACAAGCUCUAUGUCUGCGAGGAUUGUGGCUACACGGGCCCCACCCAGGAGGACCUGUACCUGCACGUGAACAGUGCCCACCCAGGCAGCGCCUUUCUGAAAAAGACGUCCAAAAAACUAGCGGCUCUUUUGCAAACCAAGCUGAUGUCCAUGCGCCCAGGGAAUGCCAACCUGAGCGAGGAGGAGGAGAAGUGAGGAGGAGGAGGCAGCCAGAGCUGCUGUGUUUACAGGGAUUUGGGGUUUUGAAGGCUCCCCCAACCCCACUUGGGUUCAGUUCAUCCUUCUGCCCUUCCAGGGUGGAGGCGGAGCUGGGGGAUCUGUUCUAAGGGUCAUCAGUGAGAAUCGUGGUGGCAGGCCCUCUGUAACCCACAUCCUGUUGACAGUCACAUUAACAAAAGUUUGUGGAUGGUCACGAUCACUGUAAGGCAUUUUUCUUUCUUUCUCUCUCCUUUUUUUUUUUUUUUAGGAUUUUCACAUGUGGAGGCCGAGGUGUUCUUAGAGAGACUCAUUUUAUGGUGCCUUGAAAUAAAAGUACUUCCACUUGCCAUGCUCCUCAAGCAAGGAAAAUGAUUUUAUUAUUCCAAAAGAGUUUACAGGAAUUAUUUUAAUAAAUGAAAUGUUCUUGUGAAAUUAUAAAACAAAACAGAGCAUUGAGUUCUAGCUCCCUGAUUAGGGCCUAAUGUGUGACCUUCGAUUUCAGGUCGUUUGGGGCGAAUGACUUUGUAUUGGCAGGUGGGUUUGAAGAAGCAGAUCUUGAGUACGGGGUAGGAGGGCCAAUGGACAGGUGCCCCAAGGCAGGUGGGCAGAGAAGCCUGGGGUGGACGGGGAAGGUCACUCCUGAAUGCUUUCGUCAUUUUCCGUGGCCCUGGGUUACUGUAGAGCUGCUUCUGGCUUUCUGGGGCUGGGACUUGACUUGCUGGUUGCAGGUGAAGCCCGCAGAAGCGGGACCGCCAGGAGCGCUCCCUGGCCAGGUGCAGGGCUGUGGUCUUGCGGGAGGGAGAGCCGUCUCCUUCAGGGCAUGUGACUUUGGAGCACUGUGACCUUUGGCCACCUGGAUCGCCUCACCUGGGAGGCCUGGCUCCAGAGGCCCAGGACGUUCACAGUAAAGCAGACCUGAGACCGAGAUAGGGCAAAGGAGAGGCAGCAGCCUCAGGGGACAAGAGGGGUGGUGAGGUGGUUUCCAGGGUCCUUUGGUGACUGGGGGGGUAGCAGGAAGGGCCCAAACCCUCAGGGAACCCUGGUGGCUGAGAAAGGGAUUUUCCCCAGUCUAGGGAGCUGUGGGAACUGAGCGGAGUGCUCAUCUCCUGUACCCCGCAGUCCUUCGGCGGGCUUCCCCUGUUGCCCUGGGUCUGACAGCCCCAGCUUCAUUUCCUCCCCGGAAGAGGCAGAUCUUGCAUCAGGACCAGGCUGCUUCUUGGGCUGGGGAACAUUUGGGUGAUGGCCCUUCUUUGUCUGCUUUCCUCUCCGUCCUCUUUCCACCUCUGCCUGCUUCACUCCCUCCCCCAAUGUCCUCCUUUCCCACACCGCAGGCCAGGCAUCAUGCCAAGAUCUGGACAAUUUCCGUGGCGUGGCCUCUAACUUGAGUUAACAUCAGUCUUGCCAGUCGGCUCCCCUUUCUGAAGGGAGUGAAUAAACCCUUCUGUGGAGCAUCUGUGAUGUAGGGCACCCCUGGCUGUGCAGCGUUCUCUGGAGCAAUCCUCAGAGCUCUCCUGAAGGGGUCAGCGUCCCAGUGCCAGGAGCAGAUGAGGCAGCUGCAGGGGCCAUCGGCUGGUGGUGGGAGCAAAGGGCCAAGAAUCCUAAACCCGGUCAAAAUCCCACUUUUCCUCUCCCCACACUUAAGAAAGGCAAGAGCCACCUCCCCCGCCCCCCACCAAGUUCAAUUGGAACUAAAGGAGAGGCAGGCAUGAGGCUAGGGCAGGCUUUGGGAGAUCCUCACACCUCUGGUUUCUCUAAACGGCGGCACUCAGUGCCCCAGAGCCAUCCUGCUGGGUGGAUGUGGUCCUGCUGGGCCUCGCACGAAGACCUGAGAGCUGAGACCACAGCACCAUGUGGUCUACAUGGCCAUGUCCAAGUGUUCACGGUGACUGGGGAUGCACUUGGGACCUGGAACAGCAAAGUAGGAAGUUGUGAAGGCUCUUAGGGCCUCCCGGGAUGGCCAGCACUGAGGGCUCUGCCCUGGGGGCAGGGGGCCAAUUGUUGACAUCCUGUCGUGUCUCCUAGAACUUGGUACAGGGAAGGGAGUCUAGAAAGUGUUUGAUUUGCUUUCCAUAGUUAUCUGGGUAAUUCUGACAACAAAAAUGAUAAGGGAAUAUCUAAACGACUGUCUGGGGCAGCUGGCCUGUGUCCUGUUUUGCGCAGGGAACUGUGAACCAGCUGGAAAGAUAUUCUCUCUAGGGAUGG